GAAACAGUCGUGAUCUGCAGCUGGACUGAAGCAGAAUGACUUUUGUUUGGAGGGCGUUCUUCAACAGGCUCCGCCCCUCCUCCUCGGCAGGAGCUCCUCCCCUCAGACGGCUGCUUCACGUCGGGCAGCAGGCCUCCAUCACCAAAGCGUUCAGCUCCCGAGACGUGGAGCUGUUUGCCGAGCUGACGGGCGAUGCCAACCCUCUCCACGUCGACCCGGCCUAUGCCAGCGCUACGUCCUUCGAGGCGCCCAUCGUUCACGGUGUCCUCAUUAACGGCCUGAUCUCUGCGGUGCUCGGCACCAAGAUGCCGGGUCCCGGAUGCGUCUUCCUGUACCAGGAGAUCCACUUUCCGGCGCCGCUCUACAUCGGAGAAGAGGUUUUGGCCGAAGCAGAGGUCCGUAAGAUCAAGAUGUCGUUCGCCUUCAUCGCUGUGAAGUGCUCUGUGAAGGACAAGGUGGUGAUGAAGGGAGAGGUGAUGGUGAUGAUGCCUGUGGAGCAGCAGGAGAGAUGAGGAACCGAUG